AUGGAAGAAAUUUUCUCAAGCCUUCACAGUGCGAAGCAGAUAUCUCUGAUUGAUCUCCGCUCGGGAUAUUGGCAACUGCCGAUCGCAGAAGAAGAUCGCCACAAGACGGCUUUCAGUGUCAUUGGCCAGCAGUAUGAGUUUUUGAGAAUGCCGUUUGGAUUGUGCAACGCCCCGGCUACAUUCAGGCGUUUGUUGCUGAUGGUCCUGGCGAACCUGCAAGGCGUGGUUGUGUACGGUGAUGACAUCAUCGUCUUCUCUGAGACGGAACAGGAUCAUGUGACCAGACUUGGAGCAGUACUGCAGAGGCUAGAUGAAGUUGGUCUGAAACUCAGUCGUAAAAAGUCGCAGAUUUCCCAAAAGUCAAUUGUAUGCUUGGGUCACAUCGUGGGCAAUGGUCAAGUCCAUCCACUUCCGGAGAAACGCGAGACGAUCAAGUGCUUCGCGAAACCAAAAUCCAAGCGUCAGCUCCGUUCGUUCUUGGGAGUGGUGGCAUAUGAUUCAAAGUUUGUGCCCCAGUUCGCAGAGAAGGUCAGCCCGUUGUUAAAGCUGCUUCGCAAGGACGUGCCCUUCGUGUGGACAGCUGAAGCGGAUCAGGCCUUUGACCAUCUAAAGGCAUGCAUAGCAGAAGCCCCGACAUGUCUACGGCUACCCAAUCCUGGUGAGAGGUUCACUGUGGCUGUCGACGCAAGCAACGUGGCAAUCGGUGCGGUUUUGUCUCAACCGGCUGGGGUGGUGGAGUACGCGAGCAGAGUGCUGACGGGGGCGGAACAGAAGUAUUCAACAACGGAGAAAGAAUGCUUGGCCAUCGUAUGGGCGUUAGAGAAGUGGAGAAAUUACUUGCUGGCGAAUGAAUUCCGGGUCGUCACUGACCACAAACCGCUCUCGUGGUUGAUGACGGCGAAAGACCCGCGGGGACGGCUUGCGCGAUGGGCCUACCGAUUGCAGGAAUUCAACUUCACCAUUGAGCACGUGGAUGGAACGUAA